GAGCACAGUCAGCCCGGCGGCCGCCACACCGCUGCCGCUGUGCCCGCUGGAGGUGGGCGAGAGUGCGAGAGCGCGGGGGAGGAGCUGAGCGGGGCGCGCCCGAGAGCGCCGCCGCCCCCGGGACUGCUGGAGCGCGGAGCCCCCUGCAGGGGAGCAGGCGAGCGGCUGGCGGGACGCGGCGGCGGGCGCGGACCAUGCAGUCCCGGCCCGGCCAGCGCCGGCUGCUCGCUGUGCGGUGAGGUGGCGGGGUCCCCUCCGGCCGCAGCACCCCGCCUUCCUCAAGCGCUAGUGCUGCCAGGCGUCCUUGCCUUUCGUCCCGGACCCCCGAGCAAGGCACGGCCUGCCCCUGCCCUGCUCCGCCCGAUCAUGCGGGGGACCCCGGAGGAGGAGAAGGCGAAUGACCGGCCUGCGCCGACCUUGGUCGCGGGGCGCCCUGCUCUCUGAAACACCCCCACCUGCUGCCAUGUGUCGCCGCCACAGGUACCUAGCCUGCCGCUAAACUUUCCCAGCUCUGGCCAGACGGGGAGUCGCAUUUCUGAGCACUCCGGUGUGUCCCGGCACGGCGGCCCCCGGUCCCCAGACAUCUGCCCCUCUCAGCAGGAUCCUCAGAGAGUUCUGUCCCAGGAAUCGGAGCCCUCGGCGUCUCUCCGCAGCCCCAGCCGGCGUGGAGCCGAGCGCUGCCAGCCGAGGCAGCGCCUUCCUGGAGCAGUUUAUCUCUGCACGGAUUUCUUAAAGAGAAAAAGAAACCAACAGGUUGCCAGCCCGGGCGUCACUGCAGACUCCGGAGAGGGAAGCCGGGGCCGGGAUUCCUCGGCCGGUGUCGGCCCCUCGGGGGCCGCGGGAGGAGAGAGGACCGAGGCGGCGAUGGCUCGGCCUGACCCGUCCGCGCCGCCCUCUCUGCUGCUGCUGCUGCUGGCGCAGCUGGCGGGCCGGGCGGCGGCCGCAUCCAAGGCCCCGGUGUGCCAGGAAAUCACGGUGCCCAUGUGCCGCGGCAUCGGCUACAACCUGACGCACAUGCCCAACCAGUUCAACCACGACACGCAGGACGAGGCAGGCCUGGAGGUGCACCAGUUCUGGCCGCUGGUGGAGAUCCACUGCUCCCCGGACCUGCGCUUCUUCCUGUGCUCCAUGUACACGCCCAUCUGCCUGCCCGACUACCACAAGCCGCUGCCGCCGUGCCGCUCGGUGUGCGAGCGCGCCAAGGCGGGCUGCUCGCCGCUCAUGCGCCAGUACGGCUUCGCCUGGCCCGAGCGCAUGAGCUGCGACCGGCUCCCUGUGCUGGGCCGCGACGCCGAGGUCCUGUGCAUGGAUUACAACCGCAGUGAGGCCACCACCGCGUCCCCCAAGUCCUUCCCGGCCAAGCCCACCCUCCCAGGCCCACCAGGGGCGCCAUCUUCCGGAGGCGAGUGCCCCGCAGGAGGCCCAUCUGUGUGCACGUGCCGGGAGCCCUUCGUGCCCAUCCUAAAGGAGUCGCACCCGCUCUACAACAAGGUACGGACAGGCCAGGUGCCCAACUGUGCGGUGCCCUGCUACCAGCCGUCCUUCAGCCCGGAUGAGCGCACGUUCGCCACCUUCUGGAUCGGCCUCUGGUCGGUGCUGUGCUUCAUCUCCACGUCCACCACCGUUGCCACCUUCCUCAUCGACAUGGAACGAUUCCGCUAUCCCGAGCGCCCCAUCAUCUUCCUGUCUGCCUGCUACCUGUGCGUGUCGCUGGGAUUCCUGGUGCGCCUGGUGGUGGGUCAUGCCAGCGUCGCCUGCAGCCGUGAGCAUAGCCACAUCCACUAUGAGACAACCGGCCCGGCGCUGUGCACAGUUGUCUUCCUGCUAGUCUACUUCUUCGGCAUGGCCAGCUCCAUCUGGUGGGUCAUACUGUCGCUCACCUGGUUCUUGGCAGCUGGCAUGAAGUGGGGCAACGAGGCCAUUGCCGGCUAUGCGCAGUACUUUCACCUGGCCGCUUGGCUCAUCCCCAGUGUCAAGUCCAUUACAGCACUGGCUCUGAGCUCCGUGGACGGCGACCCGGUGGCUGGCAUUUGUUAUGUGGGCAACCAGAACCUGAACUCGCUGCGUGGCUUCGUCCUGGGCCCACUGGUGCUCUACCUGCUGGUGGGCACGCUCUUCCUCCUGGCGGGCUUCGUGUCGCUCUUUCGCAUCCGGAGCGUCAUCAAGCAGGGUGGUACCAAGACAGACAAGCUGGAGAAGCUCAUGAUCCGCAUCGGCAUCUUCACAUUGCUUUACACCGUGCCAGCCAGCAUCGUGGUGGCCUGCUACCUGUAUGAGCAGCACUACCGCGAGAGCUGGGAGGCCGCGCUCACUUGCGCCUGUCCGGGCCCCGACACCGGCCAGCCGCGGGCCAAGCCUGAGUACUGGGUGCUCAUGCUCAAGUACUUCAUGUGCCUGGUGGUGGGCAUCACUUCGGGCGUCUGGAUCUGGUCGGGCAAGACUGUGGAGUCGUGGCGGCGCUUCACCAGCCGCUGUUGCUGCCGUCCGCGGCGGGGCCACAAGAGUGGUGGCGCUAUGGCCGCAGGGGACUACGCCGAGGCCAGUGCUGCGCUCACCGGCAGGACCGGGCCUCCCGGCCCCGCCGCGGCAUACCACAAACAGGUGUCCCUGUCGCACGUAUAGGAGGAGGGCUGAGGCCCGGGGACCUUGCUGGAGUUGAAGGAGGGGUGUGUUUUGUUUGGUGGCGUUGCGAGGGUCACUUCCGUUUGCCUACAUGGUGCUGGUGCCCCCUCCCGUGUGACUUGGAGAGA